AAAAUAAAAAUGGCACUGACGGUUAAGGCAACAGCUAUCCAUCACCCACCACCACCACCACUUCCACUGAUAAUUGCCCAGCGGCGUGCGGUGGACCUGCUUAAUCUUCGCCGGAAAAUCGUUAGGGGAAGUUCUCUCGACGCCAUCAAUCUGAGUAAGAGCUAUUUUACGUCAUCGGCUUCUGGAAUUUGUAGGAGUACAAGCACGACUGCUGCUAGCGGUGAGAUACAAGACGAGGAAGGGUUGCCAAUUACGACAUUGGAGGUGAAUAAGAUCAAGGAUAUAUGCAGUAAGUGGGACUGGAGAGGCUACACUAUUAAUUACUUGAAAUAUGAAGGAGAUAAUGGUUAUAAAUCAAACCCUCCGGUGCUUCUUGUUCAUGGUUUUGGCGCCUCGAUUGGUCACUGGCGCAGGAAUAUCCCGACAUUGGGUCAAACCAGUACUGUUUAUGCCAUUGAUCUUCUUGGUUUUGGUGCUUCUGAUAAGCCCGUUGGUUUUGAAUAUACCAUGGAAGCAUGGGCACAGUUGAUAUUGGAUUUUGUGGAAGAAAUUGUCCAAAAGCCUACAGUGCUGAUAGGGAACUCAGUUGGAAGUCUUGCAUGUGUUAUUGCUGCUGCAGAUGCUCGGCAGUCACUGGUUGAAGGGCUUGUUUUGUUGAACUGCGCUGGUGGCAUGAACAAUAAGGCAAUAGUUGAUGAUUGGCGAAUUAAGCUUUUAUAUCCUUUGUUAUUGUUGAUUGAUUUCUUGUUGAAGCAAAAAGUAAUCGCAUCAUUCAUCUUUGAACGGGCCAGGCAAAGAGAGAAUCUUAGAAACAUAUUAUUAUCAGUUUAUGGAAACAAGGACUCCGUGGAUGAAGAUCUCGUACAGAUAAUCAGGGAACCAGCGCUAGAUGAAGGGGCACUAGAUGCCUUCGUUUCGAUUGUGACUGGGCCACCAGGGCCAAACCCGGUGCAAUUGAUGCCAACAAUUAAGCUACCAGUCCUGAUCCUCUGGGGUGAUGAAGACCCAUUUACGCCUCUUGAUGGGCCUGUCGGUAAAUAUUUCUCGUCCCUACCGUCUCAAGUUCCAAAUGUGUGUCUUUCUGUUCUACAAGGUGUCGGACACUGCCCUCAUGAUGACAGACCAAACUUGGUGCAUCAGAAGCUCAUCCCUUGGCUGGCAACUCUUCCUCCUUCAUAAAACCAUUCUUUUCGGCAUGUAUAUAUAUAUAUAUAUAUACAAGUGUAUAAAUACAUCGAUUCUUAUAUACAUACAUGUUUUGUAUUUCUUUGGUCUGUAGAAUGAAAAAUAAAUUAAAAUCUUGUUUUUGGUUGCUU